AUGCGUGUCGAUAGUCAUUACACCCUCACGUCUUCAGAGUUUCGAACAACAAAUUGGUACCAAUAUCAUUACGAGCGGGACGCCUCUGCCCUGCAAUCACGACACGUGUCUCAUCUCUGUCUACAGCUCUCGAGAGCAGUUGGCAGCACGGACUCGCCAUGUCUCCUUCUGAAGUUCAUACAUCCGAAUGUUCAAGAUGCGCCCGGGUUCGACAAUCGCAAUUUUUCCCAACGGCCCAGGACAUACAAAGGAGUAUGCGCCUUCUCGCGACCGCAGGCAUUCCCUUGGAUGCUCUGUGGCACCACUAUCUCCGUCGGUUCUACAUUGGGCCCCCAAGGACCCCAUCGCCAGGGACAGAGCGAUUAUGCAAGCGGCGACAUCGCCGCCCGACGCCGCGUUCAGUGA